AUGGAUCUCAGGAAACAUGAGAUCAUUCAUCCAGGAGCAAAGGUAUAUAAACGUGAUGUAUGUGACAAAGUCUAUGGUCAAAAAUCAUACCUUAAAUGUCAUCUGAGAAUUCAUACUGGAGAGAAACCUUACAAAUGUAAUUUGUGUGGGAAAACCUUUAUUUUUAGAGCAGGCCUCAGGAAACAUGAGGUGACCCAUACAGGAGUAAAACCAUAUAAAUGUGAUGUAUGUGGCACAGGCUUUAAUCAAAAAUCAGCUCUUGUGAAUCAUCAGAAAAUUCAUACUGGAGAGAAACCUCACAAAUGUGAUGAGUGUGGCAAGUUCUUUCGUCAGAAGUCAGUGCUUAGAAGGAAUCAACGAAUUCAUACUGGACAGAAACCUCACAAAUGUAAUGAGUGUGGGAAGUUCUUUCGUGAGAAGCCAGCCCUUAGAAGCCAUCAAUGA